AUGAGUUCUGUUGAAUUUAAAGAAAACACUGCAAUCACCGUCUUUGGUGCUUCUGGUGAUUUAGCUAAAAAGAAAACUUUCCCAGCUUUAUUUGGUCUUUUCAGAGAAGGUUAUCUUUCAUCAACUACUAAAAUUUAUGGAUUUGCAAGAUCAAAAUUAUCAACUGAUGAAUUAAAAGAUCGUAUUAAACCAUUUUUGAAAACUCCAACUGAAGAAUCCAAAUCUAAAAUUGAUCCAUUUUUGGAAUUAAUUGAAUAUAUUUCAGGUCCUUAUGAUUCUCCUGAAGGUUUCCAAUCUUUAAAUCAAGCUAUUGAAAAAUUUGAAUCUGAAAGAAAAGUUGAAACUCCUCAUCGUUUAUUCUACUUAGCUUUACCACCAUCUGUAUUUGUUGAUGUUGGUAAACAAAUUAAAGAACAUGUUUAUGCUAAAAAUGGUUUAACAAGAGUUAUUGUUGAAAAACCAUUUGGUCAUGAUUUAAAAUCUUCAAGAGAAUUACAAGAACAAUUAGCUCCUUUAUUCACAGAAGAUGAAUUAUAUAGAAUUGAUCAUUAUUUAGGUAAAGAAUUGGUUAAAAAUUUAUUAGUCCUAAGAUUUGGUAAUCAAAUUUUAAAUGCUUCAUGGAAUAAAGAUAGUAUUCAAUCAAUUCAAGUUUCUUUUAAAGAACCAUUUGGUACUGAAGGUAGAGGUGGUUAUUUCGAUGAUAUUGGUAUCAUUAGAGAUGUUAUGCAAAACCAUCUUUUACAAGUUUUAACUUUAUUAACAAUGGAACGUCCAGUUUCAUUUGAUCCAGAAUCUGUUCGUGAUGAAAAAGUUAAAGUUUUAAAAGCAUUUGGUGAAAUUAAUUUAAAAGAUAUUAUUAUUGGUCAAUAUGAUAAAUCUGAAGAUGGUUCUAAACCUGGUUAUUUAGAUGAUGAAACUGUUAAACCAGGUUCAAAAGCUGUUACUUAUGCUGCUUUACCUUUUGAAAUUCAUAAUGAAAGAUGGGAAGGUGUUCCAAUUGUCUUGAGAGCUGGUAAGGCAUUAAAUGAUGGUAAAGUUGAAGUUCGUAUUCAAUAUAAACCAGUUGCAUCAGGUAUUUUUGAUCAAAUCCCACCAAAUGAAUUAGUUAUUAGAAUUCAACCAAAUGAAGCCGUAUAUGUUAAAUUAAAUGCUAAACAACCAGGUUUAUCAACUUCAACUUCAUUAACUGAUUUAGAUUUAACUUAUAAAAAUAGAUAUAGUGAAUUUUGGAUUCCAGAAGCUUAUGAAUCAUUAAUUAGAGAUGCUUUACAUGCAGAUCAUUCAAAUUUUGUUAGAGAUGAUGAAUUAGAUGUUAGUUGGAAAUUAUUUACUCCUUUAUUACAACAUUUAGAACAUGAAGAUUCUCCUGAACCAAUUAAAUAUCCUUAUGGUUCAAGAGGUCCAAAAGAAUUACAUGAAUUUUUACAAAGACAUGGUUAUAUUUUUAAUAAUGGUAAUUAUCAAUGGCCAGUUACUAAACCUCAAUUAUAA